GUAUAUUGUUCAGGUUCAAAACUGUCCCAUUGUGAUCGAUUUGAAUUUGCUCAAAAUAUAUUGAAGAAUGAGAGAGCUAUUCGAAUCAUUGGAGUUGUGGGCUAUCCGGAAAAAUUUGGUCGAUAUUUUUUUAUUGGAAAGGGUGCAGGUGUAGUGUUAGCAAUGAGUCUUGAUAAUAACAAUUUUGCAUUUAUUAUUCGCAUGGAAGCAUCCUUAUUUGGCUUUCAGCGCCGUGUUGAUACUUACAUUUUGAAUAACGGUGUAUUCGUAUAUUUAGAAGGUAAAAUUUGGAAUGCAUUUAAAGCCCAAUUGGAAGUAUCAUUUGAACGACGGCUUAGUCUUUUCGAGAAUAAUUUACCAAUUCUUGUAGAUGUAUCGCUUAAUGUUAAAGGACGAUUUAUAGCGGAUGCUGAUGGCGAUGGCGAUUUCUCAGACAGCUACUUAUCGUCUCUUAUAAAAUAUACGGAGUACAUCGCGGACGAGGCGGAUAAACGUAUAAGUGACGUACAGGGGACAUUUACGUCGGCUCAAAGAAGUUUAUCUGCUGCACAAAACUGGCUAGAAGAUAAAGAGGCAGUUUUGAGAUCUGCUAACGUUCAUUUUGAUAAUGCUGUCCGAGCGAUGGACAUUGCAAAGGUCAAACUUGAGGAAGCGAAAAGACCCUUUCAAAAUGCGAUUGAUACGUUAGAAAUAGCACAACGCAAUGUCGAUCGACUUUGUAAGAUCAGGACAUGAUCUUUAUACCUGGAACACAAAUAUGUGUUCCAGGUAUAAAGUGUGGCCUAUGAACGGUACAAUUUUUUUGGAGCAGAUUUAAAAUCCCAUGUUGCUGGUUCACAAGUUGCAUGUUUUCUUUUCCUGACCCAUUUUGUGUAGCGGCCAACAUGGGUUGUUACAUAUUGCGUGGAAUAGAAUACAUUGCUUUAGAAAUAGCCCAGCUGGCCCUGCGUAUACCGAUGCUUAUUCUCGAUGCAGCGAAGAUUGCCGUGUCUGUUGCACAGGUAAUUGUCGAUAAAUCUCGAGUUGUACUCGAUAUUGCCGAGGGAGCUCUCAGCAUUGCUCAAAUUGGAUUGGAGGCCGCAAAAUAGUUCUUGAAGGUGCUAAACUUGCUCUAGAAGCAAUCAAAGCAGCUGUUAAACUCGGAAUCAUGGCAUUGAAUUUCGUCCUUAAGUACGGUUUGCAAUCGUUGAUUGAUGUGAAAAACUGUCGAUUUGAAAUCGAGAUAUCUACUCGUGAUUUACCUGUCUUCGACGUUCAGUGCGAAAUUAACGCAUUUAUGACCGGAUUUAUUCCUGUGGGCAUUAAAAUAAACUUUAACGAUCCCCUCCAGAGUAUCUGGAACGCUGCAAAAAGUACCAUUGAAAUGAUCCUCGGAGCUCUUGGUAAUAUUAUAUCAGGACGAAAACGUAGAGAGGUACGAGAUACCACGCUCAAUGGAAUGUACAUCGUCAUGCGAGGAGCACGCGAAACAAACAAGGACGAUUUGGAUUUCGACAUAAUUUCAAAUGAUACAUUUAAAUCAAUUUUGAAUAAACAUUUAAAUAAUACUUCGGAUAAUGUUGAUGAGUAUACUUUGAGAAAACAAAUAUACGCAGAAAAAUGUAAAUUAUUCACAAGAAUACUGUCUUUUUUGUUCGAUACUACAGAAACUCUGUCCCAGAUGGUUAAUGAAACUGCCUCUACAAUUCGAAAUCUCAGCUCCCUUCAGGAAACUAUGCAAACAAUUAAUCUACAAACACUUUCGGACAAUCUCACGCUUGAAACCAUUGGCGUUAACCCUGAAGUUGCACUGAAAGAUUUUAACAUAAGUUCUUCUACAUUGGAUGAAGCAAUAGAAAACGCGAAAGGAAAUGUGUCAACAGAUCCACUCUUGGAAAAUAUAGCUUCGUUUGCUGAUGAAGCUAGCACGUUUCUUGCAGAACAAGCUGAGAGUGCUAAUAAACUAUUUUUUGUGAACCAAUGGAUUGCUGCUAUGAACAACGUAACCUUGGAAUAUUUUGAUAACGACACGUGCGUAUCUUUUCUGGAUUGUGCUCACUACGCCAUCGCCGCCUUGUACGAACAGUUUAUGGCUGUAAAUAUAACAAACCAGACUGAAAGCAUUGACAGCAUAUCGAAAUUUGAAGAUACCUUUCUUCUUUUAGUUGGCAACUGUUCCCAUACUACUGAAGAUGUUGAUUCAAUGGCGAUUACUUUAUUAGCAACUUUGCGACAAAUGAAAGAACUAUGUGUCUUUUGUUCAAUAGCUCCGGAAAUGCUUGGGCCACUGCAAAACUUUACUGUAAAUACUGGACAGCAAUUAUCUCUUGUGUGUAAUGUAACAGGUGACCCGACAACUACGUUUUGGUGGUAUAAGGACACACAUAUUAUAUCAGAUCAACAUUCGAUGACAUUGACCAUAUCAAAAGCAAACAUCGACGACGGUGGAUCGUACCAUUGUGUUGCCGGAAAUCUGGUAGCGAAUUAUUCUUUUGACGAAGCUUUCGUGACGGUAUUGGAGGAUGUAUUCGACGAUACCGAAGGCAGCCCAUCUGAGUACACCACCGUUAAUGCAAAUGAAGAGACAGAGGACAGCACAAAAAGGUGCCAAUCCUUCUGAGAAGAGUACAGACCUUCAGCUUGAAAUCGUUUUACUUCCGGUAUUACUUGGUGUAGCUUGCACAUGUGCCGUCGUCGGUGUGUUAGUAUGGAGACAUAAUAAAAGGAUUCAUGCACGAAAGGGAGGUUCAACUGCAAGCUUAGCAAGCCUGAACGUGGUUCGACCGAUGAAUGCGAAGCCAACGUUUGACCCUAAAUCACAGUUUACAACAACCCCUGCGGUAGCCAUAAAAUAACAACAUCCUACAGUGGUGUCCUCUUUGUGUUUUUAUUUAAACGGUGCAUUUUUAAGUUAUGUAUUUAAAAUAAAUAUAUCAGCUUUCGUUCCCAGUUUUUGUUAGACCUCUCUUUAUGUAUCGAAAAGUGUAAGUGUUUUCUGCGUGUGGUAUUUUGUUUACGUAUUUACAUCACAGUGUUAUUUGGAAUAUCAAACCAUUGCUCCCGGUUUCGGAUAUUGUGUUUUUAACAUGAUUAACUCUUGGCUGUACUUUGCUUCACUUUUUAUAUUUGGAUUGUUGACCUUUGUCUUAUUCACAAAUAUUAUUUUUAAUGUCAUGCAUUUUGUUUUACCACUUUUUGUUACCCUUUAUGCUAGGUUUUCUGCAUCAACACUGAUAGGAUUAAUUUAAGUAAUUAAAGUGAGACUGCACGAUUUUAUUUACUGUGCUAAAUUGUAAUAUAUUGAUAAAAAUCUGUUACACUAGCACAUAAUAGGCAAGACAAAUUAUACAUUGAAGACGAAUUCAUAAAAUGCAGCAAAGACAAAUUAGCGCCAUGAGCCGAUUGUGACGAAGAUAUUUCGUGCAUAUUUUCCUACAAUAACCGAAGCGUUCUUUUUUAUUAGGAUCGGAAUAGGUGUUCGUGUGUCGUAUGAAUAUAUAUCAUUGCAGGAAAUUAAAAAGAUCCGUAAAAUUAAAUUUAAAUUCACAUCGUACAUGAAUGAAAUACAUUUUUGAUUUCAGAAUUUAAUAUCUGGCUUAUUUCGUAUUUUUCGACACAUGUUCUUCUUAACUUUUAUUUUAAUUUAUAUUGAAAUAUAUGUAUAAUCAGUUGUUUACACAAGUUUCAUAAAUUCAUAAAUAUUAACAAAAUCGUGCAGUCCCACUUUAAAACUUUAACAUUACCGGUGUUAAAUCACCUCUUUGUUAAAUUGCCUAAUCCACCACAUAACGUGUUAGCAGAGAUCAAACUGUUUUUUUAUUUUUGUGUGGAAUGGUAAACCAAAAUGUAGCAAAAAUAUUGUAAUAAAAGAAUAUACACAAGGUGAUAUAAAGAUGAUAGGGGACUUGUUUAUUAUAGUAAAUAAAGAAAAUGUUUUACGCUUGCAGUAGGUUCGUAAGUAAAUUGAAAAUUGAAAAGUUUUAUACA